AUGGAAACAAUUUUAAAUACCACAUACUCCGCGUACGACUACGACGGCAUCCCGUACCCCGAGGUGCUGAAGUCGCUGCCGCCGUUUGAGAUCGCCAUCAAGGCGGUGUUCUACCUCGUGAUCAUCGUGUUCUCUCUGUUCGGCAACACCCUCAUCAUCGUCAUCGUGUACCGACACAAGCGCAUGAGGACGGCCACCAACUUCUACAUCGUCAACCUCGCCGUGGCCGACCUCCUUGUCACGCUGUCGUGCACGUGGGUGCACUUCGUCGACGACAUCACAGAAGGCUGGAUUCUCGGUACAUUCUUUUGCAGAGUUAAUAGUUUUGCUCACGUUCUUUCAUUGGUCGCAAGUGUCCUUUCGCUAUCGUUGAUCGCUUACGACCGUUUCUUCGGUAUAGUGUUCGCCAUGAAGGCCCACAUGUCUGAGAAGAAGGCAAAGACCUCUCUGAUAUUCGUGUGGCUGUGCUCCACCAUCGUGGGCUGUCCCGUGCUUGUGUUCAGGAAGUUAAAGUCCAGACAGUGGGCUAACCACCUGGAACUGUGGUGUGAUGAUGACUGGCCAGUGGAAGAGACCUUCGACCCAGUCACCAAUUCGACCAAGUUUGACAUGCCCCUAAGGACAGCGUACUACACGGGGGUGUCGGUCGUGCUCUUCUUUGUUCCACUGGUUGUCAUGACGGCGGCCUAUUCAGUCAUCAUCUGGACUCUUAAAACGAAGACGGCGCCAGGGGAGAUAAGUUCUGGUUAUUAUUCAGCUCAGAACAGAGCCAGAAAGAAGGUCAUACUCAUGCUGUUAAUGAUCCUGGCGGUGUUCGCUGUGUGUUGGCUGCCAUUUCAAGUCUGCCUCUUGUAUCUCGAACAUCGGUCAGCUAGAUUACCGAUCGGGAAGUGGUACUGGUACUUCGAGUUCAGCGCCAGGUACCUCGCCUACUGCAACAGCGCGCUCAACCCACUUAUAUAUGCAGGCUUCAACGACAACUUUAAACAAGGUAUCUACUCGAUAUUCGGAUGUCCCAAGAUGACACCGCGGCACGUCGCCGACGGCAAAUCAUAUGGGACGUAUACCACGACGAUGCACGUACAACACAUGAACUCUGGGAGUAACGGGAUAGCGGUGACGGCGGUCUAGUACAACACGCGAACUCCGGGAGUAACGGGUUUCCUGUGACGGCGGUCUAGUACAACACGCGAACUCCGGGAGUAACGGGUUAGCUGUGACGGCGGUCUAGUACAACACGCGAACUCCGGGAGUAACGGGUUAACGGUGACGGCGGUCUAGUAGAACACGCGAACUCCGGGAGUAACGGGUUAGCGGUGACGGCGGUCUAGUACAACACAUGGACUCCGGGAGUAACGGGAUAGCUGUGACGGCGGUCUAGUACAACACGCGAACUCCGGGAGUAACGGGUUUCCUGUGACGGCGGUCUAGUACAACACGCGAACUCCGGGAGUAACGGGUUAACGGUGACGGCGGUCUAGUAGAACACGCGAACUCCGGGAGUAACGGGUUAGCGGUGACGGCGGUCUAGUAGAACACGCGAACUCCGGGAGUAACGGGUUAGCGGUGACGGCGGUCUAGUAGAACACGCGAACUCCGGGAGUAACGGGUUAGCGGUGACGGCGGUCUAGUAGAACACGCGAACUCCGGGAGUAACGGGUUUCCUGUGACGGCGGUCUAGUAGAACACGCGAACUCCGGGAGUAACGGGUUAGCGGUGACGGCGGUCUAGUAGAACACGCGAACUCCGGGAGUAACGGGUUAGCGGUGACGGCGGUCUAGUACAACACACGAACUCCGGGAGUAACGGGUUAGCGGUGACGGCGGUCUAGUAGAACACGCGAACUCCGGGAGUAACGGGUUAGCUGUGACGGCGGUCUAGUACAACACAUGAACUCCGGGAGUAACGGGUUAGUGGUGACGGCGGUCUAGUACAACACACGAACUCCGGGAGUAACGGGUUAGUGGUGACGGCGGUCUAGUACAACACACGAACUCCAGGAGUAACGGGUUAGCUGUGACGGCGGUCUAGUAGAACACGCGAACUCCGGGAGUAACGGGUUAGCGGUGACGGCGGUCUAGUAGAACACGCGAACUCCAGGAGUAACGGGUUAGCCGUGACGGCGGUCUAGUAGAACACGCGAACUCCGGGAGUAACGGGUUAGCGGUGACGGCGGUCUAGUAGAACACGCGAACUCCGGGAGUAACGGGUUAGCUGUGACGGCGGUCUAGUAGAACACGCGAACUCCGGGAGUAACGGGUUAGCUGUGACGGCGGUCUAGUACAACACACGAACUCCGGGAGUAACGGGUUAGUGGUGACGGCGGUCUAGUACAACACACGAACUCCGGGAGUAACGGGUUAGUGGUGACGGCGGUCUAGUACAACACACGAACUCCAGGAGUAACGGGUUAGCUGUGACGGCGGUCUAGUAGAACACACCAACUCCGGGUGAUCGGACUGUGGAGACUAAGGAACACAUUGCUAAUGUUAUCCCUCGGCUAAUACAGAACCUGUCUUGGGCAUAUCCGCUGAAUACUUCGAAGAAUGUGCCCAAGACAGACGUGCUAGAACCUUCAGUCGAUGUAAGCACAAGUCAAAUGGUUGAUUGAUUGACUAGACUAAUUCAGAGAAGUCAAGGUGGUUUUGGAUUCGUUAUAAAGUACUAGGUUCUUAUAACAAUUAUAUUUCAAGAUGGAAGUAUUGCUUGAAGUAUCAUAUCACAAACUGGAAGCAUUUCUUGAAGUAUGGUAUUACAGACUGGAAGUAUUGGUUGAAGUAUAUCACAAACUGGAAAUGUUUAUUUUUUGAAGUAUCAUAUCACAAACUGGAAACAUUGCCUAAAGUAUCAUAUCACAAACUUAAAGCAUGUUUUGAAGUAUUGUAUCACAAACUUGAAGUGUUUUAUGAAGUAUGAUAUCACAAACCGGAAGCGGUGCUUCAAGUAUGAUAUCACAACCUUAAAGCAUGUUUUGAAGUAUGAUAUCACAAUCUUGAAGCAUUGCUUGA